AAGGGAUGGAGAGACACAAACGCAAAAGCUCAAACCACAGCCAUACAUUGAAGGAGAGGCUAUCCAUAAUCUCAUCCUCUAGUUCAAGCAUCCACCAAUUACUGACUGCCCGCCCACUUCUAGACUUUAUAAUCAAACUAAAACCUCUGCCGGGUUUCUAUCUAUCUUUGCUACCACUGCUUAAACAGAUUCCUCCACAACCAUAAUGGCUUCGGCUACUGUUUAUGUAGCCAAACCAACCGUUCAGGUUCAUUGCAGGCUGCAGGCAAAUGCAAAAGGUUUUGCAGAGCUCUCAGGCCUACGCAACUCGUCGGCUAGCCUACCCUUUGCCAGGAAAACCUCAGAUGACUUCCUUUCAGUCAUUGCUUUUCAGACAUCUGCUUUGGGAAGCAAUAACCGUGGAUACAGGAAAGGGGUUGUACAGGCAAAGCUAAAGGUCGCGAUAAAUGGGUUUGGUAGGAUUGGCAGGAACUUCUUAAGGUGCUGGCACGGCCGUAAGGACUCCCCACUUGAGGUCAUAGCCAUCAAUGACACUGGUGGUGUUAAGCAGGCUUCUCACCUUCUCAAAUAUGACUCUACCCUUGGCAUCUUUGAUGCCGAUGUCAAGCCUGUUGGCGAUGAUGCCAUCUCUGUUGACGGCAAGGUCAUCAAGGUCGUUUCUGACCGCAACCCCGUCAACCUCCCAUGGAAGGACUUGGGGAUAGACCUGGUGAUCGAAGGAACUGGUGUGUUCGUCGAUAGAGAUGGUGCAGGUAAGCAUAUACAAGCAGGAGCUAGGAAAGUGCUCAUCACUGCCCCAGGAAAGGGUGACAUCCCAACUUAUGUUGUUGGUGUCAAUGCUGACGCCUACAGCCCAGAUGAGCCUAUUAUCAGCAACGCCUCUUGCACCACCAAUUGCCUUGCUCCCUUCGUCAAGGUUCUGGACCAGAAGUUUGGUAUUAUCAAGGGCACAAUGACUACAACUCACUCAUACACGGGUGACCAGAGGCUACUUGAUGCUAGCCACCGUGACCUCAGGCGAGCUCGAGCCGCAGCUCUCAACAUUGUCCCGACUUCAACUGGUGCAGCAAAAGCUGUGGCCCUUGUACUCCCUACUCUCAAAGGAAAACUUAAUGGCAUUGCUUUGCGUGUGCCAACACCAAAUGUCUCGGUCGUUGACCUAGUCGUCCAGGUCUCAAAGAAGACCUUUGCUGAAGAGGUGAACGCUGCUUUCAGAGAGAGUGCCGAGAAAGAGCUUAACGGUAUCCUUUCUGUAUGUGAUGAACCCCUUGUUUCAGUCGACUUCAGGUGCUCUGAUGUGUCCUCAACCGUUGAUGCAUCACUGACCAUGGUCAUGGGAGAUGACCUGGUUAAGGUGAUUGCUUGGUACGACAAUGAGUGGGGUUACUCUCAAAGGGUUGUAGAUUUGGCUGACAUUGUUGCCAACAACUGGAAGUGAUUUUAAUUACUUAUCUGCAAUAUGAUGGUUGAUUUUUGCUCACCUCAUUUCUUUUUGGCUUUCAGAAUUUCUCCUUUUGUCAAGAAUGUAUAAUUGUAAUGCCGAUCAUAUUCUCUAACUUUUUUAUGCAAUAAAAUCUAAAUCUUACUUUCAAA